AUGUCGGACAAAAGUGACUUAAAAGCAGAGCUGGAGCGCAAGAAGCAGCGCCUCGCCCAAAUCAGACAGGAAAAAAAGAUAAAGGAGGAGGAGAGGAAGAAGAAAGAGGUAAGGAAAAAAUCAGAGAGCCAGCAGAAGAGAGAAGCCACCCCAGAGGAUUCAGACUUGGACCGAAAGCGCAGGGAGACUGAGGCCCUGCUGCAGAGUAUUGGCAUCUCACCGGAGCCUCCACUCGUCCCGACCCCUGUCUCACCCUCCAAAUCAGUGAGCACACCUAGUGAGACGGGAAGCCAGGAUUCAACUGAUGGAGGAGGAGCAGCAGGCAGGUCAGGUAUCUCUAAAAACAAGUCUCAAGCACAGAGCUCAAGGACGCUGCAGUGGGACACAGACCCCUCUGUGCUGCAGCUGCAGGCUGAUUCUGAGCUCGGGCGCAAGAUGCAGAGGCUGGGAGCCUGUAAGAUCACACAGGUAGACUUCCUCCCCAAGGAGGUGGUGGCUUACUGCAAGGAGACACAGACGCCUCUCACCGCCCACCUGUCUGAAGUGGAAGAGGAAGAGGAGGAUGAAGAGAUGCUGGAGGUGAAGCCAGGCCCUGAAUCUGAGCAGCAGGAUGAAGAUGACAACAGGGAAAACAAAGAAGGCUCCUUUCCAGUGCUGCGGGAACUGACAGAGGAGGAGAGGCAGCAGAUCCUGCACUCCUCUGAGUUUCAGAGUUUCUUCGACAGCAGCAUCCGGGUGAUGGAGAGAGCUCUGGCUGAAGACAGCAACAUCUUCUUUGACUACAGCGGCCGGGACCUGGAGGACAAAGAGGGAGACUCGGGGAGCGGCUCCAGUCUGUCGUUAAGUAGACUCUUCUACGACGAACACUGGUCGAAACAUCGCGUGAUCACCUGCCUGGAUUGGUCUCUUCAGUAUCCUGAGUUGCUGGUUGCCUCCUAUAACAAUAAUGAAGAUGCUCCUCAUGAACCGGAUGGUGUUGCGCUAGUAUGGAACAUGAAAUUUAAGAAGGCCACACCAGAAUACAUCUUUCACUGUCAGUCUCCCGUAGUAUCUGUGGGCUUCGCCAGGUUUCAUCCCAACCUGGUUGUUGGGGGGACUUACUCGGGACAAAUCGUCCUGUGGGACAACCGCAGUCACCGUCGGACCCCCGUCCAGAGGACUCCUCUGUCUGCUGCUGCUCACACUCACCCAGUGUACUGCGUGAACGUGGUCGGCACACAGAAUGCCAACAACCUGAUCACUGUGUCUACAGACGGCAAGAUGUGCUCCUGGAGCCUGGACAUGCUUUCCCAGCCACAGGAGACCAUGGAACUGGUGUACAAUAAAUCCAAACCCGUGGCGGUGACAGGCAUGGCUUUUCCCACGGGAGACGUUAACAACUAUGUGGUUGGGAGUGAGGAGGGCACUGUGUACACUGCAUCCAGACACGGCAGCAAGGCGGGUAUCUGUGAGAUGUUCGAGGGCCACCAGGGGCCGGUGACGGGCGUCAGCUGCCACGGCGCAGUGGGCACCGUCGACUUCUCCCACCUCUUCAUCACAUCCUCCUUUGACUGGACCGUCAAACUCUGGAGUACCAAGCACAACAAGCCUCUGUACUCAUUUGAGGACAACGCCGACUAUGUGUAUGACGAGUGGUCGCCCGUACACCCUGCAGUCUUCGCUGCUGUGGAUGGCAUGGGUCGCUUAGACCUGUGGAAUCUCAACAACGACACUGAGGUACCAACUGCCAGUGUGACCAUCGAGGGCGCUUCGGCCCUCAACAGGGUACGCUGGUCGUCAGGGGGGAAGGAGGUGGCCGUGGGUGACUCAGAGGGCCGAGUCUGGAUCUACGAUACCGGAGAGCUGUCAGUGACUCACACUGAUGACUGGGCGCGCUUCGCUCGUACCCUGAUGGAGAUUCGUGCUAACCGAGCAGACGGCGAGGAGGAGGGGCCUAUGGAGCUGGCUUCAUAGAACAGGACUACAAACCAAAGAGGAGGGAAUUCGAGACCAGAGGGGUGUACUAUGAGGCGAAAUUAAAAGGGUUCGCGAGGUAUGUUGAGCCUAAAGUUUUCAAUGUCAUGAACGUGGCUCUAUUUUAACCUGGCUAGAUUGCCCUGGUGAUUUAUGAUGGCCACUUAAUCUGCUAUGGAGGAGAAUAUGUUCAACGUUUUGGAUUAGAAUCAGCGGUAAAAAGCGCCACCCUUUCACAUUUCAAGUCUUUUGGAAAUGGUGUUCUCCCCAUUCUUGCAAAAUCCCGUCGGUGCCACAAUGCGAACAGCUUCUCGUCAUGGGAGAGAGUUUAGAGACGGAUUAGAUCCGCUGGCUUUUCCUGAAGAUAUUCUUCGAGAGCGAUAAAGAUUCUCAGCUGAAGGAAUACGUGUUAUAUAUAUAUGCAAACUCUGUGAGCUGUAUGUUAAUUUUACCACCGAACAAGCCGCGGAAAUUACACGAAUGAGGAACCUACUAGAAAACCUAAGCAAGAAUACUGAAUUCAACAUAAACAGGUUGUUCGUGCUCUCUGAACUACUGAAUAUGUUCGUCGUGUUCUCUGGCGUUUUGCCCACACUGACUAUAAAAGAAGCUUUCUAUACAAUCCCAGAUUGCAGACAUUGGCAGUUCAUUAUAAUCAUUAUGACGUCUACUUGCACACGAGAUGAAGUAUAAUUCCUUUAUAGGAUUCCCAGUGGUCAUAAGUAUAGUAGAUUGCACACAGCCAUCACUGGAGCCUUAAGGGGACAUGAGGGUGAUUUUGAACAGAAGGUCCUUUCAUGUCGUCCAUUGUGAAGUCUGGUGGAGCCGGCCCCCUCCGGUCUUGCUCGUCUAAUUUUUUUGUGCCCGUUUGCUUCAGGUAAUAAUUGUACACAGCAUAUCACCCAUACACCAAAAGAAUGAUAAAGGCACACAAAAACCCAACAUGCCACUUUGAAUUAAGUUUGUAAUGCUGGUUCCUGAUUCGCUGCUGGUCCGCUUUACGCUGCUAUCCAAGGACGCGGCACGCUAUCGAUCCCUUUUGGUGCCGAAGACUGAAACGCGCACAGAGCCUGAUGAAGAAGAUGGGUUAACAAAGACAGCUGAUAGCCAUCACGCAUGAUGCCCAUUAGCUCUGAUUGGGGUUUUAGGUUUUGACGAGUCGCAAAGAAAGCCCACUGUUGAAGUUACGUCCUAGUACACCCAUCUGGUGCGCUUUUUAUCGGUGGCACUGUAGCAUGUGUGUCUCAAUCGGUUUUGUUUCUUCACCUUUAUGUACACGUUCGGUGUCUUGUCCAACUAGGCCACAUUUAGUUUUGUAGUCUUGCAUCUACUCUCAUGUUAAUGCAAACUGCUGAAGGUUAAACUAUUGACCUCUACUGAUUGAUCCACUCUUAUUUCCUUCUUCAAUGAAUUAAGGUGAUUUGUCGCUUGCAGCCCGUGAGCCUGCUGUACAUACAAAGUGGCUCUUAAAGCCUUACGAUGAUAUCUGUACUGUGACGAUGCUUUGCACUAGCGCAUCAAUGAUGCAGGGUCCAUAGACUAGCCAUGUAUUGUUUACAAAAUGUCAUGUUCACUUUAUGUUGUGCUUCUUUUUCUCUGUACUAUGCCUGCAUGCGACACAUUCCUGAAAUAUACCAGAUACAUAAACAUGGAGUUAUUGUGGUGACGUUUCCACACGUGGGGCUUUGUGGCUGCUUCAUGUCAGUGUUUCAAGGUGGCAGCAACUAAAUUAAGUGUAGUGUUGGCACUGUGUCUUUUGUUCUCAAAGAGGACAACUGUAUAAUCUUUAAUGAACAGGUAAUUAUCAAGAGAUUUAUUGUAAUGCAGAGUACUGGCUGUGAAACAUGCUGUGUUUACCAUUAAAGCAU